AUGACAACAACAGAUAUUACGGGAUGUCUAUCCUUUUUAUCGGGAAGUACGGUCGAGAGUCAAACUUAUGCACGUCAUAUGGCAAAUCAGAAUAUUCGAGAUAUUGACAUUCUUAUUCAUUGUGAUACUAUCAAAUAUGAACGAAAUCUCAUUCAAACAGGUGCCCCAGGAUUUGUUCGAGUCAAAUUCGAUGAUAGAAUCGAAUGUACGGGAAGUACUCAAUUUACAUCUCAAGAUGAUGCGAAUAGUAUUCGGUGUCUCAAUGGAUUUCAACUGGAAAAAGAGCAUUGUACAAGUGAAACACAAAUUGGUGCUCCUCUAUACGCUGUGACUCGAGAGAGUACAACAUCGCUCGAUGCAUCUUGCGCUUCUGCAACACAAACUGUAAAAUAUGGAACAAUCGACAUCGGCAAUGUUGAACAACAACGUAAUCAAUUGAAUUUCGACACAAUUCGAAUGAACUAUAAACUAUUUAGUCAGGAUGUAUGUCAAUCGAUAUCUCAAUAUGCUUUACCAUUAUAUCAAACACCAUACAAUCCAUCGAUGUUUGAAGAAAAACAUAUCCAUGAACAAACCUUUCGUGAUCUUUUCACUUUAGUAGGUCCUCCCUAUGGAUAUGGUCUACCACAAGUAAUUCAGGUUCGUAUUCAAGCUAUUCUCGAUUUCUAUGAUAGAUAUGAGCAUAUUGGUAAUCCGAAUAAUAUCACAGAUGUAGCAGAUUAUUUUAAAUCAUGUGCACCAAUCGAUGCUGAUUUUGUUCCAUCAUUUCAAUUGAGAUUUUGGCCAAACGAUAUUCAACCAUUUUUCGAACGAAUAAAACGAAAUCUCUCGAAUAUUUAUCAUUUAGUUGUGAAUAAAACAUCGAUGCAUGUCAUACCAAAAUGGUCAACAAUGGGUGGGUGUGGGUGA